UGGAUAAGGAUAGUGGUGACGGGGCACGUCGUCAAAGCCGAUGCAUCUCGGUUGUUUUGAUUGCACACUUUACGCGGUUUAAAGGAAAUUUUCCAGGGUCACACCAAAAAAUUUUGUAAACAAAAAUGGAAUGUGUUCUGGACGAAGAGCUGCUGCUGAACAUAAAAUGUAGUGAUCAGGAAUAUGAGGACGAGGAAGACGAGAAGAUGGGGGUAGAGGAGCAUCAACCACCUCUGGAAUCUAUAGCCCACAGUGCCUCAUUCAACGAAGAUGACUCCGAUCCGCUGCAAGAAACUGCGACCACCUGUAAUUUUCCGUGGAUCUUCGAAGACAGCGAUGUUCUUAUACCCGAUGACAAUCUAGCAGACAUCGUGUUAAAAAGGGAGGAGUCUCUCCGGCCAGCUGCCCCGAAGCGUGGACGUGGUCGUCCAGCCGUAAAUUCCGGAAACUACACUUCUUCCUGUGGUCAGCUAUGGAGCGUGGCCAAGAAUCCUGAGGUUUCCCGUGAGGAACUCCCUCUUUUGGGUCAACCGGCUUGUGGAAAGGGACCCGCUCGCACAGUUUCUAAUGCAGUUGAGGCCUGGAUGCUGCUCUUCGACGAUGAAAUGCUGCGGUCACUGCUCCGCCAUGUCAAUGAACAGAUGCGCAAGCGAAAGACACCCACGACUGUCCAGCGACCCCUGGACAUUGUGGAACUGCGAGCAUUCCUUGGCCUAAGCUAUCUUUGUGGGGUAUUCCGUAACGCUCGAUAUAGUGGUCCUCUGGAGGAGCUCUGGACCCUGGAGCUGGGCAACGCCGUAUUUCGUGCAUCUAUGACACUUACUCGAUUCGACACCAUAUCCGAAUGUCUUGCGGGGAACUGUGGCUGGUCCGAGGGUCAGAAGUUGUGGCAGCGACUGCUAAUCAACUGCCGAUCCUACUACGGCUGCAGCAGUUGGUUGGCUGUGGAUGAGACAACAUGUUCAGUGGCUAAGUCCCGCAUGACGUUUUGCUGCGACGCAAGGACGUUAUAUAUGGCCAAUGCUGUGGUUAGCAGAAACCAGAGAUGUCCGGACAAAGAUGUUGAGCAAUUGAUUUGCGAUUUCAAGACGACGGGAAGGAAUGUUACUCUAGGAACUCGGCAUCUAAAUUUGACACAGUGUGAGCAGCUAAUGCAACGUCAAAUCAGCUCGUUGGGGGCGCUGGAUGCCACUUCACCAGAUUGGCCGCGCCAUUGGACCGCCGAAUCACCUGUGUUCAAUGGUACCUCAAAGCUCAUUCCCUUUGAUGGGGAAGCUGUUUUGUGUUGUGGUCUCAGCUCCCAAAUAGAUGCAAUUCAGGCUUAUCGGCAAACCUCGAAUGCCUGUCAGCAGUUCCACGAACUCUCACAACGUUUCAGUACGGCCCACGCCAUUCCUGCCUCAUUGAGAAAACAGGCUAAUCCCUUCCUUCAACUACUUCAUUUUAUUCUAAAUGCAGCGGCUGUAAAUGCUUGGAUCCUUUUAAGACUUUCAGCAAAGGGCGAUGCCACCAUGGAUCAGCGUGACUUUCAACGGCAGUUGGGUCUUUUCCUUACCCAGCAGAGAUUACAACGACGCCUUCAGCGUAGAUCAACAAGCACAUCGCUUGUAAUGCGGUUGCAAAUCUGCGAGAUUCUUGGUCAAUCUAGUCAGCGACUGCUAAGUGAGGCAACUGGCGAAGCCAAACUUACACAAAGCGUGGGCGUGCUAACGCCGGAUAAGAUGAGCCUGCCGUUGGGCGUUAGUUUGGCCAGUCGCUAUGGCGAAAAGCAUCGUAGGUGCAAGCCCUGCGCUCGAAAUAAACGCGGCACCAAAUCCCGGACGCGUUGCCAACAGUGCCUGCAGCAUAGAUGUGGCAAUCACCUCAUAUCCCGUUGCUACGAGUGUGUCGGCAUUGUUCCUGGCCAACUGCCAGAGGGUAAUAUGCGGGAUGAAGACGGCACAUAGACAUUGACAUUAAAUAACAUUUAUUAAA